CCGAAAAUCGAACUUAACUUCCUAAACUUGGCAAUAUUACCACAGAAUUUUAGACUAAAUUAAAUAAAUUACCUAAUUUUAUAAAAUUAUUAGCUACAGCCGGAGAAUUGCAACUUGCGAGAUCGGAGAUACUUAAAUUUCCGUUGACUAAUUCACACAAUUCCGAAUUUUAAAACUUCUGCAGCUUUUCAAUCAAAAUGUAUUCCAAUCAUUCGUCUGAUCCCAGAAGACCGGACAAAGAGCACAGGUACAAACCAAAAGCUGUUAAUAGUGAUAAUCAAGCCCUAACACCUGGUGAAGACUUGACGUCUGACUAUAUGAAUAUUCUGGGCAUGAUAUUGAGUAUGUGUGGACUAUUAAUGAAGUUUAAAUGGGCAGCGUGGUGUGCUAUGUUUUGUUCAUGUAUAAGCUUUGCAAAUUCUAAAGCAUCUGAUGACAACAAACAAAUCUUUAGCAGUUUCAUGCUUUCCAUGUCAGCAAUUGUGAUGUCCUAUUUACAAAAUGCACAACCAAUGUCACCACCGUGGUCCACAGCAUUUGGAUAAAAAUUUUACAAACAAAAAUAAAAAUAAAGUUUUGUAUUUAUUUGGUAUUAAUUAAUAAUUAUACAUUGUUUUGUCAAAACUA